CGCACUGGAGAAAAAAUCAUCCGCCAAGGCGAGAUUGAGCUUGACGAAGGAAGUGCACCGUAGUUCACCACAGCCGUUUUUACCUUAGCAACUGUUAAUUGUGUCAUCUAUAUUCUGUUUAGCUAGUUGAAACGAAAGUUAAAGUGUUUUAUUUACUCGUUUUGACGGUUGGGAUCCAACCUGGAGGGGCCGAGAAGUAACGGUUGGAAGGAAACGGAUUUAGAGAUUGCCCGCUCCUGUGCCGAAAUUGGACGGUCAUGGGAGCCGUUCUGGGGGCCUUUUCUUUCGCAAGCUGGGUGCCAUGCCUGUGCAGCAGCGCCACCUGUCUGGUGUGCAAAUGCUGUCCGAACAGCAGGAACUCCACAGUGACCCGAAUCAUCUACGCCUUCAUCCUGCUGCUGGGGACCAUCAUCGCCUGCAUCAUGCUGUCGCCCGGCGUGGAUCAGCAGCUCAAGAGGAUCCCGGGCUUCUGCGAAGACGGCGCCAGCUCCACUGUCCCCGGUCUGCGGGUUGAUGUCAACUGUGAGAUUUUUGUGGGCUACAAGGCCGUGUACCGGGUGUGUUUCGGCAUGAGCAUGUGCUUCCUGGCGUUUGCCAUCACAAUGAUCAACGUCAAGAACACCAGAGAUCCCCGCGCUGCCAUCCAUAAUGGGUUUUGGUUCUUCAAGAUUGCUGCCAUGGUGGCUGUUACAGUCGGUGCCUUUUACAUUCCUGAGGGGCCUUUCACUCGCACGUGGUUCAUAGUGGGCACGUCUGGAGCUUUCUUCUUCAUCCUGAUCCAGCUGGUGCUGCUGGUCGACUUCGCCCACUCCUGGAAUGAGUCCUGGGUGGACCGCAUGGAGACUGAAAAUGCCAGGGGCUGGUAUGCAGCGUUGCUGGGAGUGACAAUCUUCAACUACAUCAUGUCGUUUAUUGCUGUCGUUCUGUUCUUCGUCUUCUACACCAAGCCUGAAGGUUGCCUCAUCAACAAGUUCUUCAUCAGCUUCAACAUGCUGCUCUGCGUCGUUGCCUCUGCGAUCUCUGUUCUGCCCAAAGUCCAGGAAUCUCAGCCACGAUCCGGUCUGCUGCAGUCCUCUGUCAUCACCUUGUAUACCGUGUACCUGACCUGGUCUGCCAUGACCAAUGAACCUGACCGGGUAUGUAACCCCAGCCUGCUCAGCAUCUUCCAGCAGAUCGCCGCUCCCACGCUGGCCCCUCUAGAGGUGGAGAACCAGACAGCCGUGGUGAUCAUCGGCACCGAGGAGCCCGUCCUCACCUCACCUUACCUGCAGUGGUGGGACGCCCAGAGCAUUGUGGGACUAGCAAUAUUUGUCCUGUGCAUCCUCUACUCCAGUAUUCGCUCGUCCAACACUAGCCAGGUGAACAAGCUGACCAUGGCCUCCAAAGACUCGGCCAUCCUGGCUGAGAGCAGCUGCAGCAGCACAGAUUUAUCGGAGGAGGAGGGCAGGCCGAGACGCGUGGAGGACAACGAGAGGGACAUGGUGCAGUACAGCUACUCCUUCUUCCACUUCAUGCUGUUCCUGGCCUCGCUCUACAUCAUGAUGACCCUCACCAACUGGUACAGCCCGGAUGCAGACUACAGCUCCAUGACCAGUAAGUGGCCGGCGGUGUGGGUGAAGAUCACCUCCAGCUGGGUGUGUUUGGGUCUGUACGUGUGGACCCUGCUGGCCCCCAUGAUCCUCACCAACCGAGACUUCAGCUGAGACCUCACCUCACUUAGUCCUGCACGCACCUGCUGUUUUCUACUUAGAUUAGUUACAAACCUCGACCACAUUGCCUACAUUUUCCUGUCGAAACAGACUGAAAUUUUAUGAACGUAGAUGGAGAGUUUGAUUACGCCGUUUCUGGUUUUCUGUUAGUUCAAAACUUGGGUCUACUACGGACGUGCCAUGUAGGCUGCUGUAAGCGUUUACUUUAAUCACAUGAAAGUAGCAACUGCCCAGUAGUUAUUGGACAAUCGCCAGUUUGUUUUGGAAGCACAAAACAAAGAUAAACAUUCCUUUUGUAUAAUACUUGUGUAAAUUGUUAAUUUUGAGUUCAUCACAAAGUCCAAAGUCUAAUAACUUUAUUACAUGCUCUUGACAAGCUUAAGUCAUUUCCUUUUUUUUCUCUUUCACCAGUAAUAGCACUGGACUUAUUUUAUUCAAAUUUAAUGUAAAAGAAAAAAAGAAAAUCUUAUGUCAGUUAGUGAAUUAAUGUCUUAAAUACAGCUUUAUUUUUUAGUAUGAAUUCAUUAUAAAUAUUUCCUGCUUCAUAGUUGCACAAGCAAACGUUGCACACAAGCCACUGAUGUUUUGUCAGGUGAGGUUAAACGCAUUUUGUUUAUCAAUGCUAGUAUUACAAGAAAUUGAUGGAGCAUUUAUAUUGCAAGUCAGCUUGUGUAUUUACUCCAUAAAAAUAGUACGCUGAUAUAUUUUGCUGCUACUUUAAAUGCCUUAUAUGUCUGUAAAUCUUUGGUAUAUUUGAACAUACUGAAUUCAAAGUAAUUGUAAGUACAUGAUUGUAGUAAAUCAGUGAUAUUUCUGACAUAUGAUUCACAGUCAACUUAAGUUUCUGCCAAAUAUUUGUAUACCCAGGAUAUUCUGUUUAUUUGUGAUAUGUGAUUGUUAUUUGAGGCUAUAAAAUAAAUCCAUAUAUGGCGAAUGAGCUGAAAAGCGUGCUAGCUGCAAUCAAAAAUAUGCACUAAGAUAUUUUGUUAAACCAUAGAUGGGUUAAUAUUACUUAGAUGUUUUCUGUGAGGAAUUCUAUGAUUCUAAAGGGUUUUAAAAAAGAAGAACUUUAAUAUGCAAAUCUAUUUACAUUUAAACUUAAAAAUGUCAUCCUGAAUUUCCUGAAAAAUGUAAUAUAAAGUUGUAACAGUUGCCAAUGUUGUGAGUGUUGAAACAUGUUAGAGUACAAGCAUCCAACCAAAACCCUGAGACCCCGAUAUAGACCAAAUGCCUUGGAAGCCAUACAGGUUGACUGUAGUUAACAUUGUGAUUAGCUUUGAGACUCUGCUGGACCAAAACUGUUCAGGAAGACUGACAUGGAACAAUAAAGAUGGACUUUAAUGCCA